CUACUUUUCAAGUCAGAACAGGAAGCUUGAAGUGAAUUGCUGCAGACUUUGGUCACCCCCUGGAAAAGAUACAGUCAUAAUAAAUAUUUUCCACCAGAUCUGUUGGAGCUGGACAGAAAUGGAAUCAGCUGUUAAGAAGACUCUCAUGGAUAUGAUGCCCCUGUUAAUUAAAGCUUCACUUUCGCUUCUUACUGUUUUGUUGGUCAUGUCCAUGCUGUGGAAAAAAAGAAACUCCCCACCAGGUCCAUGGCCAAUGCCAAUUGUUGGAAAUUUUUUCCAGCUUGGAGAUCAGAUGCACAUUUCACUUACCGAUAUGCGGCAUAAAUACGGUGAUGUUUUCCAAAUCAAAUUGGGCUUGAUGCCUAUUGUUGUCGUAAGUGGAUUUGAGACAGUAAAAACAGUUUUGCUUAAGGAAGGUGAACAUUUUGCAGACAGACCAAACUUUUAUUCUUUUUCUCUAUUUUCUGAUGGCAAAAGUAUGACAUUUUCAGAAAAAUAUGGUGAAAGCUGGAAAAUACACAAGAAGAUUAUGAAAAAUGCUUUAAGGACUCUUUCAAAUGAAUCAACCAAUUUGUCCAACUGCUCAUGCCGCCUUGAAGAAUAUGUUUGUGCCGAAGCUUCAGACCUAGUUCAAGAGCUAAUAGAUAUGUCAGCUGAAGAGGUUGCUUUUGACCCUUCCAGUCUCAUAGUUAUUACUGUGGCUAAUGUUGUUUGUGCCUUGAGCUUUGGGAAGAGGUAUGACCAUCAGGACAAAGAGUUUCUUACACUUAUUGACUUGAAUAAUGACCUCCGAAAGGCUUUUGGGGGUGGCCUUCUAGCUGAUUUUAUCCCUAUUCUGCGGUUCAUUCCAUCGCCCAGUUUAAAGGCUUUAAAAAAAUUUCUGCAAUCUUUUCAAAGCUUUAUUGCACAGUGUGUGAAAGAUCACUUUGCAUCAUUUGAGGAGAACACCAUUAGAGACAUUACGGAUGCACUUAUCCAGUUGUGUAAAGAAAGAAAGUCCAAAGACAAAAGUCAACAAUUAAGCGAUGAACAGAUAAUUGCAACAGUGAAUGAUAUUUUUGGAGCUGGAUUUGACACAAUUACUUCAGCUUUGCUAUGGGCUAUAUUUUAUUUAUUGAGAUAUCCAGAAUUUCAAGACAAAAUACACAAAGAAAUUGAGGAAAAAAUUGGAUGCAGCAGAGCACCAAGAUUUAACGAUCGAAAGGACCUGCAUUAUACAGAGGCAUUUAUUAAUGAAGUCCUGCGCCAUUCCUCUUUUGUGCCAUUUGGCUUACCACACUGCACGACUGUCGACACAAAACUGAAUGGAUAUUUUAUUCCGAAGGGUACUUGUGUUUUUACCAAUUUGUAUCAAGUUAAUCACGAUAACACUGUAUGGAAAGACGCUGACAUGUUUAUGCCAGAAAGGUUCCUUGAUGAAAAUGGACAGAUAAUAAAGAGUUUGACUGAGAAAGUAUUAAUUUUUGGAAUGGGGGUGAGGAAAUGUGUGGGAGAGGAUGUGGCUCGAAAUGAAAUAUUUGUUAUUAUGGCUACUAUGAUGCAGAGGCUGAAGCUGGUGAAAAGUACCAAACAUGAAUUGGAUCCAAUACCAGUUUAUGGACUAACUUUCAAACCUAAAGCCUAUUAUCUUGUUGCCGAAAUAAAACAUUAGUAGAAAUGAGUAUAGUAAGCUAGAAAUAUCAGAUACAUGAGUAAUAAUCAUGGUAGAAUUAAUUUCUCCAGUGAAACAUUAUGUAAACCAAAUCAAGCUAUGGGCAAAAACAUAAUGAACUGAAAUAAAAGAAAUACAUAUAUAAAAUCAACAACAAAUACAAGAAUUUCUAUUUGUUACUUUGAAGUAACAGAUAGGUUUAAGUAGACCAGACCAUUUAUAAACAUUAUAUAAUGAAAAAACAUAGUGGAGUAAUUAAAAGCUGAAAUUAUGCAUGACAAUGUGCAUACGUUUUAAUGCUCUCGUGUUUGUGUCAAUCCUGUUUUACUGUACAAAAUAAAUUUUUUAUAAAUGUAUGAUUUACAAAAAAUAAAUCACAUGGCGGAAA